AUGGUUCAACUCGAUUCCACUCCAGCGCUUGUAGUGGUCGACAUGCAAAAUGGCUUCUGCCACGAACAAGGUAGCUUCGCAAAGCUGGGCGCGCAAAGCGAACCAACAGCGAUUGUUCCACAUAUCAAUGAGCUGCGCUCCGCUUUCCGCACCGCUAAUAUGCCGGUCUUCUUCUUGAGGACAGGAUACAACCCCAACUACUCUGACAGACGUCGCCGCGACCGUGGGGAUCGUCUUGAACAAUUACAAGGUCUUAUACGAGGGUCUUGGGAUGCCGAUAUCCUCGAUGAGCUCACACCCCAACCCGGCGAGAAUGUUGUCGAAAAAACGAGAAAUUCUGGUUUCUUUCGUACAUCGCUAGAAGAUACUUUGAAGGAGCGCGGAGUCAAUCAUUUGAUUCUUACAGGAGUGGGAACGGAUGUAUGUGUCGAGUCGACGGCAAGAGAUGCCUAUCAAUUAGACUUUGCCGUCACUACUGUAAGUGAUGCAACUGGGACAUGCAACAGGCCAGACCAUCUAGCCGCUCUACACGCCCUACGAACUUUCGGCGGCACGGCGUCGACGGCAGAAGUGAUUAAAGCUUUGCAAAAGUUACAAGACUUCCACAAUUAG